GCCGUCGCGUUUGUCCCCAACCGCUGCAGAAAAUGGGCGUGAACUUCACGGUGAGCAACAAGGACACGGUGAAGAGCAGCGACGUCCUCUUCCUGGCCGUGAAGCCCCCCAUCAUCCCCUUCAUCCUCGAGGAGGUGGGCCCCGACAUCGAGCCCCGCCACAUCGUGGUCUCCUGCGCGGCCGGUGUCACCAUCAGCUCCAUCGAGAAGAAACUCUCUACCUUCUGCCCCACACCAAAAGUGAUCAGGUGCAUGACCAACACCCCUGUGGUUGUCCGGGAAGGUGCUACAGUCUAUGCCACGGGGACUCAUGCGGAUGUGGAGGAUGGGAAGCUCUUGGAACAGCUGAUGGCCAGUGUCGGCUUCUGCACCGAGGUGGAAGAGGACCUGAUCAACGCUGUGACGGGGCUCAGUGGCAGUGGCCCUGCCUAUGCGUUCACCGCCCUGGAUGCUCUGGCAGAUGGGGGAGUGAAGAUGGGGCUUCCCCGCAGGCUGGCUGUUCGACUUGGCGCGCAGGCUUUGCUGGGUGCUGCUAAAAUGCUGUUAGAAUCUGAGCAGCAUCCUGGUCAGCUGAAGGACAAUGUCUGCUCACCCGGGGGAGCCACCAUCCAUGCCCUGCACUUCCUGGAGAGUGGGGGCUUUCGCUCGCUCCUGAUCAAUGCUGUGGAGGCUUCCUGCAUCCGGACUAGGGAGCUGCAGCACCUGGCAGACCAAGAGAAGAUCUCCCCGGCAGCCAUAAAGAAGACUUUGUUGGAUAAGGUGAAGCUGGAGUCUCCUUCUCUGACCAUGGCCUCUGCCAGCAAAGUCAGUCUGUUCACCAGUAAGAGCCCCAGCAGCAAGAAGAACUGAGCAGGCUGCUGUGGUCUGGCUGAACACCAGCUUCCUCCACACCCUCUUUUUGUCCAGGGAAGAACACUGACCCGUGGUGUCCCCACGCCCGGCUCGGGGCUGGCAGCCGCGGUACAACGGGGUCUGUAACCUCUGUGGGCCUGGUGCGGCCUGUCCCCGGCGCUGCUGGUCCCUGUUGGGCAGGGGGGAUGCCACCGUCAGAGCUUCCUCAGAGGCACUCUUUGUCCAGAAGCCUCAUACUCCCAGGACGUGGGCAGUGUUUAUGGUAUCCCAUGCAGAAAUGGUUUCUAAUUGGAUUUUUAAAGAAGUUUCAGAAUGUCUUUUGGUUUCCAAAAGGGGUUUGCAUCCCUCUUACCCCAUCCCACAUCCAUGGUCAGAGCUCGUGUCCCACCGCUGUCUGUUAGCUAGAGCAGGUGCUGCUGCCAGAGGCAGCCCUGUGUGCCCGGGCUGUGCCCGGCGUUAGGGGCUGGGCCCUAGAGCACCUCUUACAAGGGACCAAAGUGCCUCUGCCCCAUCCCUGUCUGCCUUGACUUUUGAAAGACAGAUGGUGUGAACCUCUGGACCACGCUCUAUUUCUCUCUUGCUGCUCUCUCUGGUUUGGGGAACCGUGAACUGCUCUCGCUGUCCCUCCCUUGCUGCUCGCCUUGCUUGGGUGCUCAGGCAGGUGGGGGUGGGGUGUGCUGCUUUGCCCUGUCUCUGACAGCUCUUCCUGCUCUCCAUGGGCGGAAUCUGCUCCCGCACACCCAUGGACGUGUUUCAGCAUCACUGCUCCCUGGUGCUGUCCUUGUUCUUUGCCCGGCUCCUGGGGCAGCUAGGAGCAGAGCUGAAGUCAAGGGCAAGCUCCUCCAGACAAAGCUGCCUUCUGCACCCUUCCACUCGAGCAGGGUUUGUCCCCAGGUGCUGAGCUGCGUGGCAGUGGUGCCGCUCCUUGCACGGGGCUGUGCCUGCCCCUGGGCCGCAGGCGGGUGCCCGCUGAGGCUGCUCUGCCCCCGCUUGUGCCACCCCGCUGCGCUGUGGCGGACUGGUUGUCCCUCCCGGACAGGGUUUCUCUCAGCAGAGCCCCCGGGCUGGUGAAACCCAGCACCGCAGCCCUCGGUGUCCCCUUAUGUUGGCACAGCCACACCUCUGGUAUUUUCUGGACCGUUGCUUUUUUUCUUCCUGUUUCUCUGAAGGUGUUCCACUGCUAAUGGCUAGAGGGGGAAAACACAUAGAAAAAAGUUCAGGGCUGCUUCAAGCAGUUGCAUUCCUACUUCUUUAGAAUACAAGACUAAAGGGAAACACUGAGUCACCUGGUCUGGCCUGUGGCUCAGAUCUUGUCCCACCUUGCCUAGCUUGUCCUGCAUGAGACGCAGGAGGAAUGUCAGUCCUUGGUUGAAACGGAAGAGGUUCAGGGGGCACUUGAGGAUGCCCAGUGCCUGUACAACAACAAGGACUUGGUGGAGGAGGAAGACCCUUGCUGUUCUGGUCUGCAGAAUUUCCCAGGUCUGACUCACAUUUAUGAGCAAGAAAUAGCAGCGAAAUCUGGGGUGAAGGAGCAGUGGUCUCUUCGGCCCCUGAAACUCCAGUAUCUGUGAGGGAAGGAAUCCAGGCAGGGUGGUGGUGGCAGCAGGCAGAGGGGCCCUGCUCGUCCCUUCUGCCAGGGGACACGGCCCGAGCAGUUGUACCCCCCAGGCCCAUUGGGGAGAGGGAUGAGUGAGGGCUGUGGACCCAAGGGGCAGAAGGGACCAAGGCUCUGAUCAGAUGGGAGGCAGGUUACAGCCUGUUGUCUAGGUCAGUUAACCUUUUCUGCAGGCACUAUUUUCGGAGCCAGCCCCAGGACAGCAGCAGAGAGGAGACUCCAUCCACUGCUUUCUGUGAUCUCCAUAGCCACUGCCCCUGCCUGGCUUCCUGGCCUCUGCUUUACUCCCAGAGCCGGAGUCCGAAACUUGAAAACUGCAUGGUAUGCCAGCUGCCUGUGCCACCUGGACAGGGCUGCAGGGGAGAGCAGGCUGGAGGGGGUGGAAUGAAUUUGGGUGGGUAACUCGUACUGUGUUCUACCUUGAGGUAUACUGGGGGAGCACUGGUAAGAGGACAUUUAAAAUGGGCUUGUUGUCUCAGAGGGAUCUCAGACACGCAGGAGAUGCAGGAAGAGCGUUUCUGUAUUGAUGCAGAGGCUGCCAAAGGUGCUAGUAGUGUUAAAGCAUUUUUAGUGUUUAGGCUUCUGCUGGUAGCAGGGUAUGACCCUAUAAGCACGACAAGAUGGUUUCUUCUUUCUUUACGUAAUAAAGUGCUGCUCUGACAGAGCUAUGGCUAA